CACCCGGAGCGGCCCGAGCGCAUCACGAUGUCGCACGCGGAGCUCGGCGCCGCGGGGCUCCUCGACGCCUGCGCGACGCUGCCGAGCCGCCGCGCGACGCCCAAGGAGCUGCGGCGCGUCCACGAGUCGUCCUACGUCGCCGCGACCUUCGCGCUCAAGGCCAAGUGCGACGCCGCGCUCGAGUCCGGCGACGACGACGCGAACUCCGUCUACCUCAACGAGCACUCCGUGGACUGCGCCCUGCUCUCCGCGGGCGGCACGGUGGACGCGGUCAUGGCCGUCGCGUCCGGCCGCUUCGACCACGGCUGCGCGCUCGUGCGGCCGCCGGGCCACCACGCGGAGUGCCACUGCAUGAUGGGCUUCUGCCUCUACAACAACGUCGCCGUCGCCGUCGCCGCGGCCCUCGAGGACGAGAAGCGGCCCUGCCGGCGCGUGCUCGUCGUCGACUGGGACGUGCACCACGGCAACGGCACGCAGAACAUGUUCUUCGACGACCCGCGCGUGCUCUUCUGCUCCAUCCACCGCUACGACCGGGGCACCUUCUACCCGCCGGGCGACGGCGGCGGGCCCCAGCAGGUCGGGUCCGGCAAGGGCGCGGGCUUCAACGUCAACGUCGGCUGGGACGGCGGCGGCGCGGGCGAUUCGGACUACGCCGCGGCCUUCGAUUCGCUCCUGCUGCCCCUCUUCCGCCUCUACCGGCCCGAGCUGAUCGUCGUGUCCGCGGGCUUCGACUCGGCCCGCGGCGACCCCCUCGGCGGCUGCGACCUCACGCCGCGGGGCUACGCGCGGCUCCUCGACCGCCUCAAGGGCCUCCGGCCGAGCCGCGGCGUCGCGCUCUGCCUCGAGGGCGGCUACAACUGCCUCAGCGUCGCGCGGUCCUACUCGGCCUGCGUCGGCGGCCUCCAGGGCGCGACGCCGCCCGACGACUCGGACCUGAAGAAGCCGUCGCUCCGCGCGCUCAAGGCCGUCGCCGCGACGGCGAACCACCUCCUGCCCCACUGGCCCAAGCUC